GACUGACACAGGUCAGAGACAGAAAGAGACUGAGAUUGGUCAGAGACAGAGAGAGACACACAGGUCAAAGUGAUUCAGACAAAGUGAAAACUAAAUGUGAGAGGGAGAAGGUUGAUAAACACUGGUGGAGAUUUCAGUAAAAGGCAUGGAUAAAACAUUGCUCCUGAUCAUUCUGUUAUCGGGGCUGACCACCCUCACUUCAUGUAUCUUUCAUCACUUUCAUUAUGUGAACAUGCAGAUGACCUGGUCUGAAGCUCAGAGUUACUGCAGAGAGACCUACACUGACCUGGCCACCAUAUCUGACACAAAGGAAUAUUACAAUCUGUUAAAUCUGCUGUACCAUACAGAUGGUUAUUCUGGUGAGGUCUGGAUAGGGCUGAAGUUCUCCAACUGGAGGUGGUCUCUGGAAAAUAAUGAGACAGAGGGGAUCAGUAAUGGGUGGCCUGCAGGAUAUCCCUGGUUCCAGAAUGGAUACUACACAUUCAGUGAUGUGCUGAAGUCCUGUGUGAUAUUGUCACCACACAAUGGAUUGUGGUAUGGGUAUGACUGUUACUCACACUACUACUUUGUUUGCUACAAUGGGACACAAAACGCCACUCAGACCUUCGUGCUGGUUAAGGAAAGCACGACAUGGUAUCAAGCUCAGAGUUACUGCAGACUUCACUACACAGACCUGGCCAUUGUGAGGAACCAGACAGAGAACCAGGCCAUACAGAACCUUACACGGAUUGUGUACUACUCCUACUCAAUCAAUGUGGGGAACCAAACCCAGACUUACUACUACUACAACUACUACACAGUGUGGAUCGGUCUGUACAGAGAUGGAUCAUGGUCAGAUGGGAGCAACUCCAGCCUCUACCUCUAUGCAAACAGCUAUGAAGAUCCAGAUAGUAUUGGAUUGAAUGAGUCCUGUGUCACUGUUCAAACAUCUCAAUACCUUUUUCAGAGCAUAGUGAUGAACUGCAACACAACUGUACCUUUUGUCUGCUAUAGCGAUCAGUGCAUCUCCUCCCCAAACAUCUCUCAUCAGUAUCACCUGGUGAACAUGCAGAUGACCUGGACUGAAGCUCAGAGUUACUGCAGAGAGUCCUACACUGACCUGGCCACUGUUUCUGACACAGAGGAAUACAACAGUCUGGUCUGUCAGAUUAACUCUACACUUGGUAAUUCUGGCCAGGUUUGGAUAGGACUCAAGUUCAACUGGAGGUGGUCUCUGGAAGAUACUGAGACAGAGGGGAUCACCAAUGGAUGGCCGGGAGGAUUUCCCUGGGUCCAGAAUGGAUUAUUUUUUAGUAUCUGGCAGGUCUGUGUCCUGAUGAACACAUAUAAUGCACAAUGGCAAGAAUAUAUCUGUGACACUUACAACUACUUUGUUUGCUAUGAUGGGAGACAAAAUGCCACUCAGACCUUUGUGCUGGUUAAAGAAAGGAUGACAUGGUAUCAAGCUCAGAGUUACUGCAGAGUUCACUACACAGACCUGGCCAUUGUGAGAAACCAGACAGAGAACCAGGCCAUACAGAACCAAACCCAGACUUACUACAACUACAACCCAGUGUGGAUCGGUCUGUACAGAGACAGAUCAUGGUCAGAUGGGAGCAACUCCAGCUUCUUCAAUGCACACAGCUAUGAAGAUUCUUUUGACCCAUUUAUACAGGACUCAUUAAAUCUUUUUAGAAUCAAUGAGUCCUGUGUCGCUGUUCUAUAUGACUUGAACUAUCAGUACUACACAAAUAACUGCAUCGAUACUUUACCUUUUGUCUGCUAUGGAGCAAAUAAAAACACAACAAUAGUGCAAACAACAGAACCUGCUACAACCCAGCCCCUAACAACAGAACCUGUUACUACCCAGCCCCAAACAACAGAACCUGCUACAGCCCAGCCCUUAACAACAGAACCUGCUACUACCCAGCCUUUAACAACAGAACCUGCUACAACCCAGCCCUUAACAACAGAACCUGCUACUACCCAGCCCCAAACAACAGAACCUGCUACAACCCAGCCUUUAACAACAGAACCUGCUACAACCCAGCCCUUAACAACAGAACCUGCUACAACCCAGCCCUUAACAACAGAACCUGCUACAACCCAGCCCUUAACAACAGAACCUGCUACAACCUCUGCAAAUAGAGGAUCUAGAUAUGUUAUUGUUCUGAGUAUGAGGCUCUCCUCUCUGAUCACACUAACGGACGAUUUCAUCAGGAACGUGGUCUUACAGAAGCUUUAUGAGGAACUGAUCAUACUAGGCCUUCCAGAAAACUUUGCAUUACGACUGUGGGCCACACAAGACAUCAAUCCCUGAGGGAGGAAGGGAGAAAGAGAAGAACACUGCUGACCAACCAAACUUAAUUCAGAAAUGUCAGUCUUAUUCACCCACACACUGUUUUCUCUGGCAAAUACUGCAUUUACAAGAGCCAUCAACUGUUAGAACAAGAAACCGGGCAAGCCUAGUUCAGCCCACAAUAGAAAGUUUUGAUUGUGGCUGCCCUCUUGAGAAACAAACCCAGGUCUCCCAUGUGAAUGGCUGUGUCUUUAAUCACUACACCACAGAGCCGGGCGUCCAAUGUACUGCCGGGAGUCAGUAUAGCAUAUUCACAUUAUAUAAUAUUGUAAUGCAUUAACAUCAAGUUUUAAUAUUUCGUUAGACACUAUUAGCCAUUGUGUUAAACUG